AACGAGCUGUGUUGCACUUCAGUACGUUCGGUGCCGUCGCGGAGUGAGGUUAGGCGGUAUCGUCAGUCUACGUGACUCGUGCCAGCGAUGUGAUUCCCGUCGCAAACGUGCGUCUUACUUCGUGUCGAUUACCCGGAUAUUGACGGCGUGCGAAUUUCAAACGCGAAAUUUCGUGAAUUUGCAUCGUAAAGUUUCUCGUGCUACAGUGCGUGUGUCGAAAUUUGGUUCGUCGUGCUCGUCGCUUUCCGGCGAAACGCUCAAGCACGACAAUCGACGUGUGCGUUCCCAUUCACCCAAUCGCAACAUACCUUCGAGAGAAUUACUUUUUUCGAGGAAUCGCUUGUGAUUUAUAAAGAUUGCUGGAAAUUCUGGAAAGUUAGGGAACUCGAAAAAUUAGUAAUAAUGAUAAUAUAAUAAUAAAUUGUGCAAUUUUAUCCAGGUGUUGAAUACAUAUACAUAUAGAUUAUAUUGUGGAAAGCAGGAUUUUAUCGACUACUUGGAAUAAGAAAAUUGAAGAUUUAAACAUUCCGAUAUUAAAAACCAGAAGUUUCACCUAUGGAUUGGAAGAUUUAAGGAUUAGGUUAAUGUCCAGAUUAGAUAUGCCAACCUGAAGAUCUAAAUAUCCAAGUUUGAAAAAACAUUCGAGAACAUCGUAAAUUUAAAAGUUAUUAGUUGGAACAUUCAGAUAAUUUUAUCCUUCAAAAGGCUCGAAGCUCUAGACAUAUCCAACUAAUAUAUAGUGUUAAAAGUGUUUAAAAUUUAGAAGAGCUAACACUUCAGAGACCCAAUCAUGUUCACGUAUCGGGGAUGGAGAAUUUAACACAUUCCAAAGAAUUUUUAAGACUCGGUAAUUUUGGUAGAAUAUUUUAGGAUCGGAAAAUGAAUUAUCUAAUUCCAAAGUUCCAAAGCUUGCUGGGAUUUGAAUAAUAUCGAUGUCUUGAAAAAGAAAAAGCAAACCAUUCCUAAAGUCGAGGAUCAACAAUUCGGUGAUUCGAUAUCGAAAUAGAUGAAAAAAGUUGAAUAUUUUAAUAUCCGCGAGUGCGCAGCACGGAAGGUCUAUUUAGCAGAGCGUUUAAAAUCAAAAGUGGGACCUUUUGCUAGUUCGACGUACUCGUACGUUCUCGUACAAAAGGAAUACGUUCUCGCGAGCGAAAGUGAACGGAGGGGAAACUACAGUGCGAUCGAGAGUGGAACGGGUCUCCAACGAGAGUAGGUCCAUUCGAGGGCGACGCAACGAGCUGACUGGUUCGUAUCGAGCAUUCGGCUCGUUACUUUCCGCGCUAAUAGCGAGCGAGGACGGGUGACACUUGGGUAUCCCGAGCCUCGAUGCGUACGUCAACCCGGGGACGCUCGUAGAUCAGGCAAUCACGUUGAUCUCGCUGGAAGACGGAUAGGGUGAUCACGGUAGAACCGAUAGCUGAAGAAGCAAUAAAACAUGUCGAGGCUGCUGAAAGGAGAACCGACGGGCGGUUGUGUGAUUGGUUCGCGCGCGGAUCGGGGAUCGUAUUAGCCGGACUGGCAGUGACGCAUGUCGCAAGCCACGUGAGCGACAGAGAUACGACGGGUGGACGGCACGCAGGAGCGGAUUCACCAAGAGAGAGCGAGAGUGAGAGAGAAAGGGAAAAGAGCCGCAAUAGGACUAAUCCGGGCGAGAAACGGGCCAGGCGACAAGCCUUUCAUUGCCUACCAGAAGUCAUAUAUGCCCGUACACACGCGUAAAACGCGUGCACCUUGCGAAGAAAUCGAAAUGGUGGAGUUGUGCGGUAGCGGUCAGGCUUCUUCGGCCAUGGGGGUGAUGGGCAUCGGCUCGAUGGUGUCCGCGGCGACAUCAUCCUCCUCUUCCUCGACUACCACGACCACGGGCGCCUCGUCCUCGGCAUCGGGACGCGCCGGCGUCCUCGAAACUCAGGUGCGUGGUCAGUGGUAUCGCGUGUUUGUUUCCUUGGAAGACGAUUACCUUAGCAUCUCGCUUGACGAGAGCUGCGAGACCGGUAACAACGCCUUGAACAAUGGUAACAUCAACAACAACAACGUGGACAGUUUGAAUGACCCGGACGUGCCCGACUCGGUGGCCAAUCAGAAACGUAUUGUCCGCGUGAUCAAGAGCGACAACAAUGGCCUCGGAAUAUCGAUUAAGGGCGGCAAGGAGAACAAAAUGCCGAUUCUCAUUUCGAAGAUCUUCAAAGGCAUGGCAGCGGACGCUACUGAGCAGCUUUACGUCGGCGAUGCCAUUUUGGCAGUGAAUGGCGAAGAUCUACGCGAAGCUACACACGACGAAGCGGUGAAGGCGCUGAAGAGGGCCGGCAAGGUCGUCGAAUUAGAAGUAAAGUAUCUGCGAGAGGUGACGCCGUACUUCAGGAAAGCUUCGAUCAUCCAGGAAGUGGGCUGGGAACUUCAGCGUGGUUUCCUCAGCGCGACACCGCCGCCACCAAAGUCACCACCGCGGGCGGAUACUCGUUAUCUGCCAUUACAACUCUGCAGACUCACCAGGUCGCAUCCCUCUUCCGAUCCCGAAGGUCGCAUUUUAGAGCUACACUCGCCCGAUGGUGUCCACGAGUGUUGGUUGAGAGCCACUGAUAAUACGGAGGCGAACGUCUGGUUCAAUGCUUUGCACUCGGCGCUGGCAGCCCUCACCUUGAAAGCAUUACGACUGGCCUCAGCACUUCCGGAUCCGCAGCAGCUUCAGCACAUUGGUUGGCUUGCGAGGAGACACUGCCUUCAGAAUGGACGAGCUAGUAGCGAAAGCAGCGAAGACGGCGCCGGAAGCAGCGCAAGUACUUCGCGAGGAGCCGGGAGCGGAUUCGGUCUUGCCGGUGGAUGCACCGGCGGAUGGCGCAGUGUCUUUGGCGCAGUUUCAGGCCGGGAACUCAGACUCUACGAAUGUGCGCCCUGGAGCCCGGAAGCCUGGGCUUCGCCCAGUAUUACCUGCCCCCUUAUCGCAACACGACUGGUAUCCUCGCCGACGCGACAGAACGAGGCGGCGAGCAGCAGCAGCGGCUCGACUCAACACGGGGCGACAUUCGCGGUCCGGGUCGGCACGAUGGACGGGGUGGUCACGCAUCAUUUGCGAGCUGAAACACGAAGAGAUCUGGCGGCCUGGGCACGGGCGAUCGUUCAGGGAUGUCACGCGGUCGCUCACUCCUUGCGGGAGUAUACUGUCCGUUGCACAUGGCAAGGCAAAGCCUGUCAGUUGGUUGUCAACCACGAAGAAGGAUUCGCGCUUUACUCCGCAGGAACACGGGGUAGCGCCGGAAACGGCGUGAGUCCUGGAUCGCCGCCCACGCCGCUCUGGAGAAGAUCCUUCGACAAAUUGAAAAUGUCCGCGGACGAUGGCGCCCGUCUCCUCUGGCUCGAUUUCGGGGGCGAAGAUGGUGAAAUUGAGCUCGACUUGGAGAGCUGUCCAAAACCGAUCGUGUUCGUCCUGCACAACUUUCUUUCGGCGAAGAUACAUCGACUCGGUCUGAGCGCAUAGGGACACGAGGGGGCCCUCAUGGAGGCCCCCGAUCUGCCCCCUCAUACCACCAGGUCUAUUACCAGCGUCUUUCUUCAUUGAGCCGGAAAGAAUCAAGGCGCAAAAGAGAAAAGGGCUCUUCCCUCUUCGAAGAUUCGACAGUAACGAGACUUGAUAAGGCACGGAACAUUCUGACGGAUAAGAAAUACAAGCACUACUCUUGUAAAAGUUUCCAUGUCGCGUGCAUUCCGUUCCGAUUCUGAGGCGCUGAAAUGUAGAAAAGAAGAACUAUUUGGAGUGAGAGGAUAAUAAUGAAACAGUGUGGGAAUAAUGAAGGGUAGAAUGAAGAAUCCAAUAAUAAGAGUCCGAGAAUUCUAUGAUUAGCAGAUACUCGAAAUUUAACAAAACUCCAUUUGAGUCUUUCUUUUAGUGUGUUCUAGUGUGUACUAUUUUCAAUCCUUUCAAAUUUCGAAACUCGAGGAAACCUUACAAUAUAAGAUUCUCAGAGCCAGCUUUAAAAAUACGAAAAAUUGAGAUUUUAGAAUCCCCAAGAAUUCAGUACAGUUUCAAAUUUUCCUGGCUUGCGCGUUUCGCUAUUUAACAUAUCAAGGAUUUUAAACGAUCAAAAUGAAAUCCAGGAAUCCAUAUCAUCUUUAAAAAUUUCGCGUCUUAAAACUUUGCUUUUUCUUAUCGAUGAUGCGAAAAUCCAAAUGGCAUUUUCGAAUUCUCGGACACAGUCCAAGGGUCUUAAUACCUCGUCACAGAAGUACAGCAGGGUGAAAAGAAGACUGUACGCGUAUAAGUUUGAUAAUACGUGUGGGAUCUUCAAGAGCAGCUCGAUUGCGACAAAUCGUAUCCGUCGACUCGAGGUGAACGUUAAGAAUCGAGCGGCGACCCCUUUUCUCCUUUUUACUCCAACGAUAAUCGAUACGAAGCCAUCCACGAGACGAUAUAUCGAAGAAAGUACGACAUACGGCAAGAACGGAGAGGCGGGGAGGUGAAGGACACCCACGCCGCUAAUCAACGCGCCUAAUAAAUAACUAAUUACUAAACUAUUUACCUAACCGUAAGACUAAUCGCAAAAAUGCCGACUCGGCAGAUUAUCAAUAAAUAUUUACUGAUCCAGUUGAUCGAGUUGCGAUUGUUGUAACGAGCGAAUCAGACGUGCAUGAAUGUUUAAACGAUAUGACGAUGAUUUAUUUCGGCUAUUGUAUCCACAAAGAGAAUAUUGUUUGGAAAUUAUAAUGGCACGAUAGUGCAAGCAUGUUUUAUUGAUAAUUCGAUAAAAGGGAUUUCUAAUUUAUAGGGGGAACAUUUUACCAAAUUAAAUUUUAUCUCAAUAGACUUCCAUUUAAAAUAAUUUCUUUACUAUAAUAGAAUUUGUGAAACAAAUAUUUUAUGGCGAACGAUAACGACCCGAAUUAAUCCUCCAAUUUCAUUGAUUGCAUAAACAUUUUGAUUUAAUUUUAAUUUAAUUAAUUUAAUUAAAGUGCUGCAAUUAAAUUACGACAUUUCAGCACAAGUGAUUAAAAUGUCACUUUUAAUUUUAUCAAUUCCCGUUUUAUUACCUUCAUUAAUUGCAAAUUGACGUAGCGAAUGUGCCAGAAAUCUUUUAUAAUUUGACAGACUCGUCAAAUAUCGACACGUUACAUUUGAUCAAUAUUCGAGUUAAUUGUCUGUCGUGCCGGUCAAUUAGUUAGAAUCCAUUUUCAGCAUUUCUACAGACACUGUUUUUGCCCAUUGUUUUCUCAAAAUCUCUUAAUUAAGUAAACUAUGUGGUCUACGACACUACUCGCAAAGUCCCAGGAUUUCUCUUCGUCGUUUAAAUAUUGCGAUGACAUCUGAUCGCAUUACGCAUAGCCGAGUCGAAGUCGAGGCGAAGCGUGUAACGUACUCGUUACGAAGGUAGACGCUAAUUAUAAUAAGUUCUAAUGUUUUCACCGUGCGUCUAACGUGAAACUAAUGCGGCUAGUGGUGAGUUCCGGCUUACUGGUACGCAUUCGACGUUAAUAUAGAUCAUCAAUUGUGUAAUCACAUCUAAGAUUAAAUGUGGCGUUGUAUUACGACAGAAUUAAGCGACCAUACUUACGAUAGAAUUUACUGUAGAUGUCACAAUGUCGUAAUACCUAUAUUUAAAAGUAACUACGUCUCGCUACAACAUUGUGACGCCGCACUUCCGUCAAUGUAACGCAAAAACGAGACGCGAAGCGUUAAAUGCGCGGUGAAAACACGGGAAUUAUUAUCCGACAGUGUACCGCCCAUUGAUACUCACUCAUCCAGUUCCCUCGAAGCUUCGCAGAACAUCUCAUCUGUUUUAGCUUCGUCUGAAGAAUCACGUAGCAAAAGAUAAUAAUAAGGAUAAUGAAUCUUUAUGAGUUGUUAUCUUGAAUAAAAAAGUUUUAUCGAAAUGUAAUAUACUACAAACGUGAAUAAAAAGAGCCGGCGCGUGUCAUUUGUUUCAUGUUUCAAUACAACAUUUCCAAGUGCAAAUUGCAAUCUUAAAGUGCCGCGAUCGUGCAAGCAAAUUGGCGAGAGAGGUUCCGUGACAAGGAGGACACGCGAUUCCAACUGCGAUCGGGAUGAAAUAUCGCGUACUUGAAUUCCACUCGGAGGUUUCUGGUCAGCUCCGUUCAGUUUCGCCUCUUCUCAUUUUUUUGCUAAAAAAGAAAUUCACGCGCGUCACACUGUCGCACCAAAGUCCGCGAGACACCUGGAAAAGACUUAAGGAGUUUACUCCCUUGAUCUUCCGACGGGAACUUUCUGCGAGAUAACGUGUUUCGUUUCGGUAAGGCGAUAUUUAUGUCACUCCCCUUUCCCUUUCCUGCCAACAGUCAAAGCGCCUCGAGUGAGUUCGCGGAAGUUGGAAUAUCCUGCGCGUUUCUCGGCCAAAAUGCCUUCUCGAAAUUGUACUCGAGAGCCGCGAGGCGAUCGCCAUCGAUCUCAGCCAGACAAAAUGGAAAUAUCCUCCCGGUGGCUGUUCCGUUGGCGAAGCGAGGCGAGGCGAGAAUCGAGGCUGACUUACGUCCGGGAUCCUCCAUCUUCACAUCCUCUUGUUAAAAGAGGAUUUCGGCGCUCCUGAAUUUCAAAAUUCGACGGUGUCAAGAUUUGCAAAGCUCUCUCGCCUGGUAAUGCAAUUACGUGCGUUUCUCCUUGAAAGCGAAAAUUGAUCCUACAUGAGGACAUGUACAGCGUUGGCAAGAAUUAAUCUAUGUGAAAAGUAAAUAGGCGUUUGUCUUUCUUUCGGGAACACAUAAAAGGGAUAAAUUCGUCGCGCAGGGUCGAGGGAACCGAGUAUGUUAAAUUAGAAGAAGCGAAUAGGCGAUCCAUUGUGCGCACAGUCCGAAAAAUCGCGUAAACUGUUGUACCAAAUUUCUCGAAGAGUUUGAUUUUGCAUGUGAUUUCUAGACUUGAUACACGCGCAAAUACAAAGUGUAUCAAGCUAUACUUCACACGUUCUCGAUAGAUUCGCACAAAUGCUGGAUGAACUUUGAGGUGGUACAUGGAUCGCCAGAAAUAUCAUUAUGAACCACUUCGGCGUUGCUUGUGACAAAACUGUCAGAGAAGAAGAACGCGUGAAGUAGAUGCAGGUUCCUUGAUGAAUCAAUGGGCGGCCAUUCUAGCUGUUUUGUACGAUUCGUAUCCUUUAACGCAAAUAAACUUAAGGUAGCAAGAAGCGUCGAUGUGAAGCCUGAUUUUUUUGUUUCUCGAAAGCAAUAUAUGUGAACGAUCAUUUGUUGUCAUUGCUGAGUGUAGAGGAAUGUAAAAAUUUUAAAGAGCCAUGUGCGAGGAAAAGGAGAGACGAUAAUCUUGCGAGAUUCUUGCUCUCAAGAAUCUAGGUUUACACAAAGAAAGAAAGUAGAGUGAGAACUAUUAGAUGAUCUAAUAAUCAAAGAAUCUAUAGCCACGAUCUUCCAGAAUCUCGGAACUCACGUGUAAAUUUCACGAUCAGUUUGAAUAAAUUGUUGUUUAUCUUCUUGAGUGAAUUUUAAUAUAAUUCACGGGAAUCUCUGACGUUAGCGAUCCGAACUUUGAGAAAUGUAAGGACUCAGCAAUUUAUACGUCGAGAUAAAGUAUAAGUCCUGGAAUUAAGGGCAUAUGCAGGGAUUCAUAAAUUUAAUUUCUUUUUGAAGACACAUGGAGACUCCUCACAACAUCCGUAAUUCUUGAUGCCUAACCCGAGAAUCUCCUAUUCUCCGUCUCUAGUUUAAAAAAGGUAUAGGGAUCUAGAAUUUCUGAUUGUUUCUAGCUGAGAAUCUCUAAUCUCUCAAGAAGGCGGUUUCGAAGCUCAUUAAAAUUCCAGUGCAUCGCGAUCAAAGAUUUAUCGGCAGGUAGCAACGUUCGGAGUCCUUCAAUUAUGUCGAAACGAGGAAAUCAGGCGGUGUAAGAAGUUAUCCUGACACAGAGUUGUGGAAGAGUGUAAGAAUGGAGGCUUUACAGGCUUUUAUGGCAUAUCGAAGUACAUUAACGAGCGUACUAAUUAUACUUUACCUGUCUGUGUAAGUAACUUCCAGCCGCACGAACUCUCAUCCAUUAAUUAGAGAAUGGAUCACUUGUAUUACGAAACGAUAAAUGCUUUCUUAACACACAGAUAUUUGUUUCUGGUAUCUGCAUUUUGAAAUAUUUGCACGACUAAAAGUACCAGAAUUCUUUGAUCCUAAUAUUUUUUAAUUCCAUUUUUGUCAUUCUAUCGAUAAUGAUAAUAAUACUAAUAAUAGUAAUAAUGUUAAUAAUAAUGAUAAUAAUAGCAAUGAUAAUAAAACGUCUAUGCCAGAUGAUGAUCUCUGUAACGGGUAACCGUCGUGUUGAGGAUUCUUGUUAUAGGGUAACGCCCACUUGUUCGCCCUGUAGUUUCAGCCGUUAUAGGACGCGCUAAUGGACGAACCUUCAAAUAACAAUAAUGACGAUAAUAAUGAUACUUUGACUAUUAAUAAACUUUUGUAUCGCUGCACAUUUCGCUGUCGCACGGUGGUACUGGUAUGUUGUAAAAGCCUGUGAUUUUCUUUUUCUGUAUAAAUACGAGUGUCUCCCAUCGAGAUUGUUGAGUGUUGUAUAGGGUGGACGUACAAUAAUAAGAUUUCAAGAUUAAGUAGACAUAUCAACGAAAAUGUUAUGUACUAUUGAUUGUAUCCGUUUGUCAUUUCGAGCGUUUCCUGCGCUCCUCGCAUCGAACCGUUUCUUUCAUCAUCUUGCAAUUGUGUUCCGCAAAUCGUAUAAAUUAUCUGGCGAUAUUGUCGUCAUAGCUGCGGUUAAUAAUCGUUUUUCUUUUACUCGUUGCAUUUAUUACAAAUUAUUAUUUCAAUAGUAUUAUUGACUCUAUUUGGGAAAGUUAGGAGUAGAUUAUGAUUGACUUGAGAAUGAUUAAAAAUUAACAGAAUCCAAUAUUAACUUAUUUGCACGACAUUAAAUAGUUUAUAUAAAUAUAUUAAUAAAUAUUUUUUGUAUAUUAUGUAGAAUGCGAUUUAAUCUUUGGUAUCAGACGGAAUGUGGCGGCGAGGAUGAUGAAUGAUUUCGCUUCGACUCGACGGAGUGUGACUCGCAUAAGUACGCGUAAGCGGCUAUUAACGAGUCAUUAACACGAUUAUUAAUUAACGAACUAAGUUGAACAUCGAGAACUUUCUUGAUGGAUUUGUUCGCGCGUGGAAUGCGUAUUUUUCUAAUGAUUUAGAGCGAUUCGUCGCCAGGAUGUGACGAAGUCCUGCCGCUUAUUUUCUCUAAGUUUACGACAAUUUGUAUAUCAAUGAGUUACCAAAUAAACAAGAAUGGUUAGAACAACGAA